AAUUAGGGAAGUAAAGCAAAGGAUAUAUACAUAUUUUUAUCCAUUACCUUAUUCACUUUCUAAAAGUGAGAUUAGGAAGGAAAUAAAUACUCUAUCAACUAGAUAUUUAUUUCCUAAGGACCAUUUACACUCUAAAAUUUAUAUAUAAUUACACCAAAGUGUGAUUUCAAGCGUUUCCACCAUUUAUCUGUUUUUUCUUUUCUGUACAACUAUCUUUACUCAUAUUCUUAUAUCACGGCAAUCUAGUUUUUCUAGGCAAGGAAGCUAAUUAGCUGCACUAGGUGCAAGCAAUAGCGAAUUCUAUAUUUCAAUAUUCAACAAAUUUUAGGCCUUACUUUUCACCUUUUAGAAUCCUUUUUUUUUCAUUUAUCAAAUUACAAGCAUUUUCGUUUCAUUACUGGCACCUAUUUUCUACACAAUUCUCAAGUACAAGGACUAUUUAAAUUACGAGGCAAAGUGUAAGGGAACGUGUGUAAAUUUAGCAGCUUAAUUUUUUCUUUACUGUCGUUUGUGUGAGUCAGAAACUUACUUGACCAAGAAGUGACCUACCUCGAUUGUUAAGGAGUUUUUUUUUCUUGUUUAAUCACUUAUCACGAAAAGACGAUAGUGAUCAUUUUAUUGUCAUACAUAUUCGUAUUUACCUAACACUUUCAGGUCAACACUAGGUUCUUAUAAAUAUAUAUAUAUAUAUAUAUAUUGUCCGACAUCGAAUAGAAUAUAUAUAGAGAAAUUUAGCAAAUGGGCAAUUCUAUAAUUACGGGAUCGGCCGACCUCACACUAGACGACAUCUACGGCAUGUGGAAAGAGCAGAAGAAGCAGCGCGCGGUCCAGGCCAAAGGCCUUUGGCCCCUUCCCCCCGAGGUCGAGGAGCGCUUCCGCGGCAUCACGAACCACCUCAAAGUCUUUCGGUUUUCCUUUCCUGCCCUUCUGUCGAACCCCCAAGGACGCGUUUCGCGGGCCGAUCCGUCGCUUUCCCGGCCUUCGCGGGGCCUUUCGACCUCCUCGGGCAAACGAUCCGGCAAGGCCUCUCCGGUGAGUGGAAAGGCCUCCCCUCGCCUGGUGGUGGAGCCUUUGGAUGUGGGGAGCUCAAACCUGCGCAUCCGCCGGACCGAGACCUACCUUUUGAUCAAUAUUUGCCAGACCCUUCCCGGUUUCGAGGCCGCGGAAGGGGAAACGGGGGCGAAAGGGCCGGGGGAGGAGCUCCCUUCCCCUGUUUUCGCUAACCCCGCAAGGGAUUUAUCCUCGCAUAGCUGGGCAGGAGGGAUGUUGGAGCUUUUCACGCCCCGUGGCCUCGCGUCGUCUGUCUACAAUCACCUGGCGAGCCCCACCGCGCCGUCGGUCGGGGGGGAGGGGGAGACGACGCGCGAUGAGUUAGAGGGCCCCACGGGGAAGUUUACGUAUAGCCUGCACGUCUUCAAAGGGGCCGACGCGCACCCACUCGGGCCCUGCGAGGCCGUUUCGCACGCGUUAAAAUUGGAUGCGUACUUUUCCGCAGAUUUCGACGGCGGCCAGCAGCUACUUCAGCGGCUUUUCUUUAAUUUCGGACGCGAUCUGCCGCGGUAUGAGCCGGGGUGGGGCAGCAGCAGCAGCAGCACCGCCACUCGAAUUCAGUACACCAAAGCCUCCUUUUCUAACGCGAAACCUCGAAAGAUCGCCGAGGAGUUGAUCCAUUGGCGGCCGUCGCUCUUUGGUAGUUUUAGCCCAACCGGCGGCGGGGGCGCGAAGGAGUUGUUCGAUCCCAAGACGAUCUGCGAGCUGAACGCCUUACUUUAUGCGCUCCAGAUCGUCCGAGGGUCGCCCCGGUACGACCCCGCCCUCCGCGAUAGUUAUCUUAAAGAUGGGGCCAUCCCAUCGGAUGGAUUUUUUUGCCCGCCCUUGCCCUCGGCGCUGACGGCGAAACCGCGUCGGAAAGGGCAUCCGGAGACUUCCAAAUCCCCUCCCAAAGCCCCCCGUGUCCCAUACCCACUUGAGAUACCAUGGCUAACGCUCGACAAGCUCCCGAACGCUCGCCCCGUGGGGGUUGGCAAGGCAACUUCACCGGCCAAACCCUCGAGCGAGCGCCCUGGUCUCGCGUCGAAUCCGGGCUCGACUUCGCAGCCGAUGUUGCCUUCGUUGUGGGGGAAAAAAGCCGAGGAGCAGGGCGGGGAUCCGUACGGGAGUUCGUUCGGCCUGAAUGAGUCCUCGGACUCCACGCGGACGCCACCGGCGCCGCGGUAUGUCCGGCCACCCCGCAUCACCACUCCCAUUCCCCUCGCGGAGCGAAUUCGCACGCGGUGUCGUUCGUCUUUGCACCUCUUUUCUUCGAAGUGGCAGGCGGCGGACCCCGGGACGGCGGAACCCCCCAUUCCCCCUCUUUCGUUGAAAGGCACCUCCACGACCGGGGCGGCGGCCGUCGCGAAAGUAAAUCUCGCCGACCUGGACGAAGGCGCCAUCCGAACGGAUAGCGAUGACCGGCAAGAUCGCGCCCGACGGCUUUGCCUCGCCGCCCCCGAGGCCAGCGAAGUCCUGCCGUGGUUGUUCGUCGGUGGCGAGGAGCCCGCGCGGAAUCGCGCUUUACUUCUCAGCAAAGGCAUCACGGCGGUGGUGAAUACGGUGGCCUUUGCGAUCCCCAGCCAGUUCACCGACGUCUUUUUAUAUCUUUCGCUUUGCACCAGCGACUCGCCGGAGGAGCCCAUCACCUCGCUUUUCCCGCUCGUGAAUCGCUUUAUCGACGAGGAGCAUUUCACGAACGGGGGGAAGGUUUUUAUUCACUGCCAGCAGGGCGUCUCCCGGUCGUGUUCCUUUGUUAUCGCGUAUAUUAUGUGGUUUUACGGGAUGUGCUACGACCGCGCGUAUGAAUUGGUCCAUUUAAAGCGAGGCAUCUGCAGCCCGAACGCGGGGUUUUAUGUGAAGCUGCGGCUGUGGGAACAGCAUUUGACGCGGCCAACCUUUAACCGGGGCUAUGUCUAUGCCCCCUACUCGAAGUGUUUCCCGCUUCCUUUUGUAUUUCACUUUGCCCUGGAUUGUAAUCCUUCGUCGGCCUCAACGACUUCGACGGCGCCGUCUAACAACGGAUCCCUUCCGCCUGGUACGCGAGCUAGCAUUGAGGAGGAGAGCAAAGUCUUGGGCGGCUUCUCGCAGAUCGUGAAGGCGGAGAAUCCUUCGGUGGUGCUCGAUAAACGGCUUUCGUACGGCUUUCUAUUUGGCCAUCAUGAUUCCUUGGCAGAGGGUCAAUCUUCUGCGUCGUUGGAUACCCUUUUUUAUAUUGGAAGCGAAUGUGAUCAGACCGUCGCGGCGCACGCGCGAGACGAGUGGGUUUCCUUUCUGUACUAUAGUUUUUACACCUCAGGGGAAUCGCGAAGCGUGAAUAACCGGGGGGAGGACAUCUGUUUUUCCCCGAUUCCAGGUAUUUCCAUUGAUUCCCUAAGGAACUCCCAGCCCAACCCUGGCGCCCCCAUCACCAAGAACCACCUACGUAGCGUGCCGAUUGUUAAAGAUCUUUCGCGGCUUGAGAAUCGACUGAGCACGUCUCUGUGGGGCGAACAGAAGGCCCCUGAUGGGUCAAGCAUUUUGGUUCGGAUUCAUAGCGAGCGGGAUCCCCGCUGGGAUGAGCUGCUUAACCAGCCGGGUUUAAUUUUCGAAUUCGCCUCGGCCUUGGGGCGAUCCUCGAGGUUGCAGGUCGCGGCAGAGAGCCGAAAGCGGAUUCGGGAGGAGGAGCUUCACCAAAAUCGCACCUCCGGGGGCCGUUUUAGCACCAACGUCUUCGUCGCCGAACGCAAUGCGAAAUCGGCUCAUCGUACCGGAAAGGAGGAGCCGGCGCCUUCGCGCUCUGCCGCCAACCUCGACGGCGCGAUAGCGUCCUCGUCCUCCUCGCCGGGCCUUCGCGACGGCGAUUCCCCCGCCCUUCAAAAGAAGACCCCGAACGGCCUGGCGGCCUCCCCCUUACCCUCCUCCAAGGUGAAAAAUAUCUCAGACCCCAACGCCACCCUCCUGGAGGAGCAAAAUCACACCCAGGAGUUUAAUAUCGCUUUUCUACGCUACCCUUUCGACGUCCCCCCGAUAUUUACCGAUCUCCCCACGCUCGAGGAACUCCAGGAGGAUGAGUGCUGGGCGAUCGCCGUCACCGGUAAUUCGCUGAUCCGCCCUAAUGCGUUAUAUCUUUGGCUUGGGGAAAACUGCGGGUUCCCUCCUGAGGCCGUAAUCGAGACUUUCAAGCUUCAUUUGGUCGGGAAUCCGAAGCUUGGCCUUAAAGAGGCGGUGAAGAACGGCCAGAAGGUCGAGGAAAGGCACACGAUCCGCAUCGGGGAGUUUGUGAUGGAGGAUGUCGUGGUCCAGCUGGUGUAUCAAGGCGAGGAGCCUGACGAACUGGUUCUUUUCUUGUAG